AUGACUACUAGCAAUAUGCCAGAAACCCAGGACAAUGCGGAGCCCCGCAUAUCAAACGUUGUGGUAGUUGGUGCUGGACCUUCGGGAAUACUGCUUUCGAUUUUGUUGGCAAAGCAUGGUAUUAAAGUGGAUUUGCUUGAAGCAACCGAGACGAUAGACGAACAGCCUCGAGCUGCUCAUUACGCCCCUCCUGCCGUAUACGAGCUACGCCGGGCCGGCGUUAUCGACGAAGUCAUCGAACGUGGAUUCAAGCCAGCUUCGGGAUGCUGGCGCAAAGCUAACGGGGAGGUCAUUGUUGGAAUGCGGUUUGAUGCCAUCCCAGAUGAUCCCGAGCGUAUGGUAGUGCUGCCACUUGACCGUCUCGGAAAGCUGAUGUACGCCCAUCUGCAGAAGCUGCCACUAGCUACUGUUCGAUGGGGUCACCGUGUUGUCAAUAUUGGAGAAGAAGGCGACAAAGCGUGGGUUGAAGCGCAGACUGUCACAGGACUCGUAAAGGUGGAAGGCGACUAUGUUAUCGGGGCCGAUGGUGCUACUAGUACGAUUCGAAGGCUACUUUUUGGGCCCAACAGCUUUCAGGGAGAGACUUUGGAUGCUGCAAUUGUCGCAACAAAUGUUAUCCACGACUUUAGUCAAUAUGGCUAUUGGGAUACCAACUAUCUUGUUGAUCCUAAGAACUGGUGCAUGGUGGCGAGGAUAGGUCGUGACGAUCAUUUGUAUCGAGUUUCUUACAGCGAGGUGCCAGGACUCACUGCCGAGGAAUAUAAGAAGCGACAACCGGCUCGCUACAAGGAAAUAUUACCAGGAAACCUUGAGCCUUCUGACUAUACAAUUACCAACAUCAACCCUUACAAACUUCAACAACGGUGUGCUCCGGCUUUCCGGAAAGGGAGGUUCCUUCUGGCAGCUGAUGCCGCCCAUGUGUGCAACCCGUUUGGUGGUCUCGGUUUGACUGGUGGAAUUGCCGACAUAGGCAGUCUCUUCGACUGUUUGAAUGGAAUUAAUCAAAACCUUGCUGAUGACUCGAUCCUCGACAAGUAUGCAGAGAUCCGCCGCAAUCUGUAUGUCGAUGUCAUCGACCCUUUGUCAAGAGAGAACUUCCGCAGACUCUGGAACCAGGAUCCUAACAAGGCAAGAGAGAAUGAUGACUUCUUCCAAACCCUCAUCAAGGCCGAGACAGAUGAAGAACUGGCAAAAGAACUAACACUGGGCUUGAACGUACUCCGCCAUGACUUUACACAGUAUUACAAGAAAAAUUGA